UACUAAACUUUAUUAAUUUUUAGUUUUUGAAUUUGAUUUUUCACCCCUUUCUCCCCAAUCAUUCACAAGCAGAAAAAGAGAGAGGGAGAAAGGAAAGCUUUCACAGUUCUCUUCCCUCUAUGAUUUUUGAACAUUUGAGAGAAUUUUUUUCCUUUUUUUUUUUUUUUUUUUUUUUUUAAUAAAAAACCAUUGAUAAUUUCUUUCUUUCAUACAAAACCCAAGAAAACGUUUUAUGUUGUUUUCUGGGUUGAGUUCUCCACGUGUUGAAGAUUAACAGUCCAAUACCAAAAACCGUCUCUUUUCCUGUCUUUCUUCUUUCCUUUGUAUUACUACUCAUUAUUUCACCCAAUAUAAUUCUUUUUUUAUUUUCUAUUUUUUUUAUAAAUUUUUUUAUCUAAAUUCUGGGUUGUUCUGAAUCUGGGUUUCUCUCAAUUUCAGUUUCAACCCAAAAUUGAAGCAAAGAUCAAAACUUUACUCAGCAAAAGAUGAGAAAACAGCAAAAAAAUAUGGAAAAUUUUCUGGGUUUUUGCUGAAUUUAGGUGGGAUUUAGUUAAAAUUAGUGAAUGGAUAGUUCAUCUCAGCUAUAUUCAAGUAGUACUUCAAAAGGAAUGGGUGAAACAGUGAAUAUUAGCAGAGGAUUUAGUAUGAGUAGCAGUAGUAAUAGUAGCAAACAUAGGAGCAAAGAAAUGGAGAGUUUAUCAUUAGAAAUAAGCAAAUAUCCAAGAGAUCUCUUGCAAACAUUUUUGGGAAAUAAUACUAAUAAAAAUUCUGGUGGAAGAAAUAGAUCAGAUGAUUCAAAAUUAGGCGAAGAGGAAGAAGAUGAUGAGGGUUUGAAUCUUGGACUUGGUUUAUCAUUAGGGGGUAAAUUUGGGGUAGAUAAGUCUAAAAAUUUGGGGGGUUUAAUAAGGUCAUCAUCAAUUGCUGGUACUAUGCCUUUGUUUAGGGAGGAUGAUACCGGGGUGGCGUUACCGCCAACCCCGGGAAAUAAUAGUAAUAGUAAUAAUAAUCUGGUUAGAACCUCCUCCUUGCCGGUUGAGACGGAGGAGGAGUGGAGGAAGAGGAAGGAGAUGCAGACAUUGAGGAGGAUGGAGGCGAAGCGGCGCCGGUCCGAGAAGCAGAGGGUUUUGAAGGAAACUGGGGGUGUUGGGGGUAGUGGAGGUAGUGGUGGGGAGGAAAAAGGGGUUGAGGGGUUGAAGUUGAGGGCUAGGUUAGAAAGGGAGCAACAAUGUUUGGGGUUAACUAGUAAGUUAAUUGGUUCAUCAAUGGGGAAUUUUUUUGGGUCAUCUAAACCACCUCCACCUAGUAAUAAUUUGGAGGUUAAAGGGAGAAGAACUACUUUUGGUAGUUUGCAAGGGUUCUUGAUUGCUCAGGAUCAAGCUCAGGCUCAGGCUCAGGCUCAGGCACAGGCGCAGGUGCAGGUGCAGGUGCAACCGCAGCAGGGUUCGUCUCAGGGCUCAGGGGAGUCACAAGGGGGUACUUCCUCUGACGCCUCUGAGCUUGAGAGUAAAACCCAUCAAGGAUCGAGCAGCUGUGGUGAUACAAGAAGCCCACCUAGUAGUACUCAUUCCCUACCAGACCGAGAUAGCCAAGAAACCAUGGGGCCCUCGGGAACCAAAGACAACCCUUUCCACCGAGCUAGCAGGCCUGAACCGGAGAGCUCAUCUAAGCAGCCUGAGAGCACCGACAAUAAGAAGAAAGAGACAGCAUCGGGUGGGAUAGAAGAUAUGCCAUGUGUGUUCACGAUAGGAGAUGGUCCAAAUGGUAGAAAGGUGGAAGGGAUCUUAUACAAGUACGGGAAAGGAGAAGAAGUGCGCAUAAUGUGCGUUUGUCACGGGACCUUCCAUUCUCCUAAGGAGUUUGUCAAGCAUGCUGGUGGCAGGGACGUAGAGCACCCUCUUAGACAUAUUGUUGUUAGCCCGUCUACAUCUCCCUUCCAGUGACCUCUGACGGAAUUCCCCUCUCUAAUGCAACCCGGUGAAACAUAUAAUAUUGGUUUGAUUUCAAUGUAGAGUUAUUUGCUAAUGGAUAUGUAAGCUUCUUAGCCCUCUUUUUAUUUAUUUUUCUUCUUGAGGAACUUUUUGUUACCUUGAGCUCACUUAAAUGUGAUGAGAAAUGGUAAGAGGCAAAACAUACUUUUGCCUUAUUAUAGGCCGGAAACAAUUUUGUUGUGCCUUUUUUGUUCUUUUAAAUUCCUUAAUCGAAGGAUGAGGUCCAACUAGGUAUGCCAGUGAUUGAAAGAA